UGCAGGGUCCAGUGAAUAUUGCAUUUCCUGCAUGCCAGGCUCAUUGUGGGUCGGCCUAGUUUCUUAAGAAGAUGCCACUUAGUACAAAGUCUCAAAGAAAUCUCAGCCUGUUGCAUCAGCACUCGUACGUUUAUAACCUUGUUGUAAUCUCUCACUUUACAAGGGGCUCAUAUUCAGCCUCAGUAAUCUGAGAUUCCCACAAGCUCAUUCCCACAAGCUAUAUCCUGAAGUCCUGUUUCACUAGCAACUUGCCAGUGUCUAGAGACCAGCUCUGACUGAAAGAGGCAUCAGACGCUGAAGAAAAGCCACACAAUUCCAUGCCCCAGAAGGGGUUACGUGUUGCUGGCAAUCUCAGGCUGGGACCAAAGCAGAGCUGAGCGUUGGCAAAGCAGACAAGUGGAGGAAGGAGACUCAGCAGAUGAUGGAGCCGUACACCGACUGGGCGGAGCACCUCGCGCCAGCCUCCAUCAUCCUGACCCACGUGGAUCAGCUGACGUCCCUCUCUGUCGGUGGGGGAGAUGUCUCCAUCAACGACAGCCUUUCAGAACAGCCAAAAUCUUUCGGGGCUUGCGUGGCGCUCGUGAACGCGGAAGUCUGGUGGUCCUUCUACAAAGCCCAAAACAUCAUGAACAGGAUCGAAGGGCACUUCAGAGGGGUCUCCAGGACAAUGGCAAAGACUCUCCUGGACUUCUCCCAGGAAGAAGUGGAGAAAACUUCCCCCACGAGUCAGCUAGAAACCAAACGACGGAGCAUGCACAAAACAUCACAGAUAUGCGAGGACUUGGCACGGCAGCUCGAAACCCCAUUCUCUCCUGUGAUUAACCUGCUCCAAAAGCUGCUGCAGGCCUUUGAAGCUGCCGAGAAGGGCUGCGAGGCUGAGCUGACGCGUGUACGAGCGCUGAAGGCAACCAUCACCGUGAAGCCAUUCAAGGAGGAGCCGGAGCCGGAUGGAAGGAAGAGGAAACAGGAGCUGGACGAGGCCUUGAAGGAUUACAAAAAAGCCUUCCCCACGUGGGGCAUGUCUGCUAGCAUGGGCUUGAUACAGGCUCUAAAAACCGCCCUCACUAACUCCGAGGCAGGACCUGGGGCUAUUACCACAGAGCAGAAUGAAACUGACCCAACGGAGACAGCUUUCCAAGAAGUGAAGCUGAAGUGGGAGGCGUUGACGUCAGCCCUGGAGCAGGAGGAGAGGGAAUUUCGGAGCCUCGAGAAGCAAAACCAGGAGCUGUCGGACACUGAAUGUGACGCCAAGAAGCGCGAGGUGAGAGAAGGCGAGUUAGAGGCAGCCGGGAGGACCCUGAUCCCGGGGAUGGAGGCUCUGAGGAGCAUGACGCAGCAGUGGGAGAACAUGGCGCGAUUCACGGAGCGCAUCUCCGGGGAGAUCAACUCCUGCUUCACAAACUAUUCUGAUGCCGUCCAACGAUUCCAGCAGCUCACAAACCCCUCGGCAAUGGACCAGAUCUACAGCCAGACGCUCAGUGCGGCCAGCGUGGCUCAGUUUGUGCAGGAAAUCUCUGACACCUACGUCACCGUCUCUAACACACACCUGAUGCCUCUGUUGGAAGAGCUGAAGAAAAUCACGACCAAGGAGAUCACGACCAAGUCUUCCUACAAGAGUCUCCGAUCCAAGGAAAAGAUAGAGGAGACCCAGGAGAAAAUCUCAACGCUGAUGCGGGAGAAGGAGAAGGCGUUCAAGUAUUCAGUAAAACAGCAGAUGGAGACCAUUGAGAAGGAGAUAAAGGCCAAGCAGCCUCCGGUGAGUAGGGAGAAGCUGAAGGCGAUGGAAGAGGCCCUACAGCAGGCAAUGAGGGAGCUGUCCAUUCAGUAGGAAGAUCAAUAUGAAUAUGACAUCCCAAUGGGGUUCUAGCUAUUGGCCCAACCGCGCAACGCUUCAUGAUGAAGAGAUCACAGAUUUCUCCUUCCUGUUGCUUUGAUUUCUGCUUAGAGUGCCCAGCCAGCUGCUUUCUCGACGCUCGCUUGGAAAGCUCCAUUCAUCACCGAGUCGAUUUUCUUGGGGAAGUCACACCAGGUCCCAGCUCUUCCAUCCCCAUUGACAACUUUGUAGAUUUAUUCUUGUCCAAGACGUUAUUCUUUCUCCAAGUCUCUAGCUUUACACACCCCAUGGGAUGUGUCUACCAGCCCUUCCCUUGGGUAGAUAUUCCACUUUCCAUCACCGGGGAGAAGGACGAGGUUUUCUGCAGACUCGUUUUAGGAACUGGGUGUGUGUUAGACGCACUCCUGAUGUCCCUAACCCGAUAUCAGGGACCGUCCUUGUUUCCCUGUCUCACAGAUGGGCCAUUUAUCCUUCCCCAUAAUGAAGGGUCUUGAAGCAACCUUAUUGCAAGAAUUGGGUGUAGGAAGAUCCUGCUGCUUAGCUUAGUGUAGAGGAGAGAUCUCCAGCUAGGAAGGGUUGGAGCUGGAAUAGGACUUGGCAGUUGGGAGGAGGGCGGGUAAUGACAUUUGUUUUGCAGGAGGGAAAGAACAGUUGAUCAUGCACAAACCCAAUGUUCCCUCAGUGGGAGAGGAAGAACCAGACUCCCUGACUGUUCCUGACAGAGACAGAGUCAGAAGAAACCUGGACCCAGAGUGCCCUGAAAUAGAAGCUGUGCACACCCCUAACAGUGCC